UGUCGCAGGCUUUUCUACCAGCGCGUUGUUCUUAGGUCAAACUAGGUUUUAAAUUAGACAAAUAUAUGUAUAAAACUCUUAGUUUUACUGUGUUAUAGACGAAUUUCUCUGUAGCCCUUUACUUGUUUAGUGAAAUAUGUUGUUAAAAUGUUACGUUUAACACAAUGCUGAUUUAUUUAUGUGAUGUAUAAGUGAUACAAGCAAAAUUUGAAAUUGCCUGUUGGGUUGCUGUUUUAAGAAAAUCGGCGAUUGAUUUUGGCAGUGGAGGAUGGACGGGAGAGCUGAUGAGGAAGAGGCCCCCACAGACCCUGCGGCGAGGAAGCAUACACACCACGACUAUACGGAGCAGGAUUAUGAAGGACACAGAGCACAUACAGUAUUUGUAGGCGUCCAAGUACCCGCGCGAAGACAUUCCCAUCGCAAACAUAAGCACCACCACCGCAAUGGAGAGAAAGAUCCCGAGAGACCUGGCCCAGCAAUAAUGGCUCGAGUAAGAAGACUUAGCGUAACGGAUGAUGGCGAAACAUUAACUCCACCUGCACAAAGAGUGCAAUUUAUACUUGGUGAAGAUGUCGACGAUUCCUCCUUUGAAUCGCAUCCACUUUUUUCUGAAAUGGAAGAACUUGUUAAAGAAGGAGACGAGUUAGAAUGGAAGGAAACAGCUAGAUGGAUCAAAUUUGAGGAAGACGUUGAAGAAGGCGGUAAUAGAUGGUCUAAACCACAUGUCGCUACGCUUUCUCUACACUCACUAUUUGAAUUACGAAGUCUCAUUUUAAAUGGAUCAGUUAUCCUCGAUUUAGAAGCGAGUUCUUUAGAACAAGUUGCUGAAUAUGUUCUUGAUAGCAUGGUCGUUGAAGGCGCUUUAGCUUACGACAGAAGAGAGAAAGUUAAAGACGCAUUAUUGAGACGACAUAGGCAUCAACACGAAAGACGAAACCACAACAACAUGUCUAGAUUACCUUUAAUACGGUCUUUAGCAGAUAUAGGGAGAAAUCACUCUUCCUGUAAGAAUUUCCAGGAAGGUGGCUCUCGACGCUCCAGUCCGAGGAGUUGUCGGGAGUCCACUACAGCUCCAAAUACGCCCUUUCUUCAUGCUGUUGACACAAGAGGCUCAUACCUAGCCGUCCCAGGUGCCGCACACGAUGAAGGAAUGGUAAAAAGUCCAAGCAAUUUAUCUAUGCAUCGUAAUCACAGUUCAGGUGAUCUGCCAUUAAAUGGCGACAUAAAUCACAAAUGCAACACCCAUUUCAUGCGUAAAAUACCUCCUGGCGCUGAAGCAUCUAACAUCCUUGUCGGUGAAGUGGAUUUCUUAGAAAAAUCUCUCUCUGCUUUUGUAAGGCUUAAAGCAGGAACAAUUAUGGGAGACUUAACUGAAGUUCCCGUUCCUACUCGAUUUAUGUUCGUUUUACUCGGACCACCUAAUAGCAAUUCAAGUUUUCAUGAAAUCGGAAGAGCAAUGGCUACUUUAAUGUCUGAUGAAAUUUUUCAUGAAGUAGCCUACCGGGCUAAAAAGAGGGAUCACCUAUUAGCGGGCAUAGACGAAUUUCUUGAUGCAGUCACAGUGCUACCACCUGGUGAGUGGGAUCCUGCCAUUCGUAUUGAACCACCGGCUGCCAUACCUUCACAAGAUCCACGUAAACGUCCAAAUGACAAUAAUCCUAAAGAAGAACUUGAUGAAGAAGAAGAAGAGGCAAGGCAAAGGGAGGAAUCUGGUUUGGCUAGAACUGGAAGACUUUUCGGAGGUUUAAUGAAUGAUCUUAAAAGAAAAAUGCCUUGGUACUGGUCAGAUUUCAAAGAUGCAUUAGCUUUACAAUGCAUUGCUUCCUCGAUUUUUCUAUAUUUUGCCUGCCUUUCCCCAAUUAUAACGUUUGGCGGUUUACUGGGUGAAGCCACUGGCAAAAAUAUGGCAGCAAUGGAAUCUCUGGUGUCUGGAUUUGUAUGCGGCAUGGGAUACGGAUUCUUUUCAGGGCAACCUUUAACAAUUUUAGGUUCAACUGGUCCCGUGUUAGUGUUUGAAACUAUAGUAUUCGAAUUUUGCAAGCAAAUCGGAUGGAAUUAUAUGUCAUUCAGAUUUUGUAUUGGCACUUGGACUACUAUAAUUCUCAUUACUUUAGUAGCGAUUGAUGCAAGUGCUUUGGUGUGCUACAUAACACGUUUUACCGAAGAGAAUUUUGCAACACUGAUUGCAUUCAUUUUUAUAUACAAGGCCGUAGAAAAUGUAAUUUCUAUUGGCAAAAAGUUUCCUCUGAAAACCCGCCCCGAUGAAGUUCUCAAUUACGAGUGUUAUUGUUUACCGAGCAAUUAUUCAAGAAUGCCUGAGCAAUUUAAUUGGACGACCGUUGAUAAGGCGUCUUGUCAGUUGUACAACGGUACUUUAGCAGGCGGAGGAUGUGACACAAAAGUAUACGUACCUGAUGUAUUUUUGAUGUCAAUCAUUUUAUUCCUGGGGACUUUUGCAAUCUCAAUUAUAUUGAAAGAUUUCAAAAAUUCUCUCUUCUUUCCAUCCAAGGUCAGACAGAUCAUCAGCGAUUUUUCCGUUAUCAUAGCCAUUUUGUCCAUGUCAUUCCUGGAUUACAAAGUUGGCGUAAAGACACCAAAAUUGGAGGUACCUUCUGAAUUUAAGCCCACGCUGCCAUCAAGAGAAUGGGUCAUAACUCCUUUCAACGGCAAUCCAAUUUGGUCUGCCCUUGUUGCCAUAUUACCUGCUUUAUUGGGAACCAUCUUAAUAUUUAUGGAUCAACAAAUAACCGCAGUGAUUGUAAACCGUAAAGAAAACAAACUAAAAAAAGGAUGUGGCUAUCAUUUGGACUUAUUUGUCCUGGCGAUUCUUAUACAAAUAUGCUCCAUUAUGGGACUACCGUGGUUUGUGGCAGCGACAGUUCUUAGCAUAAAUCAUGUGAACUCCUUAAAGGUAGAAUCUGAAUGUGCCGCGCCUGGAGAAAAGCCGCAAUUUCUAGGUGUCAGAGAACAAAGAGCUACACAUAUCCUUAUAUUCCUAACAAUAGGUUGUUCAGUAGUAUUAACACCUGUUUUGAGACAUAUACCCAUGCCAGUACUAUUUGGUGUAUUUCUGUAUAUGGGAGUAGCGUCUCUGAAAGGUCUUCAAUUCUUCGAUAGGAUCUUAAUAAUGUUCAUGCCCCAGAAAUACCAACCUGAUCACAUGUUCUUAAGACAAGUCCCGAUUCGACGUGUUCACCUGUUUACUGCCAUUCAACUGGCUUGUCUCGUAUGUCUUUGGGUGAUCAAGUCUUUCUCAUCAACGUCUAUUCUUUUCCCAUUAAUGCUAGUGGUAAUGAUUGGCAUCAGAAAAUCUCUCGACCUUUUUUUUACAAGACGUGAGAUGAAAAUUUUAGAUGACGUGAUGCCAGAAAUGACUAAAAGAAAUGAAGACGAACUACGAGAAUUCAGCGAUGUUGAGGACACCAACAAGAGUAAUCCCCCAGCGUUUCAAGAAAAUUUACAAAUUCCGCUAAUCAAUGGAAACAUUAUGAAUAUACCUUUGGCAUCAAUAAACAUAUCAGAAGAGAUGAAUAAAACUGGAAUUUGGAAACAGGUUAAUAGCAAUCAACUCAAAAAUAGAGGCGAUACAAAAGAUUCAAAGCAGAAAUCCGGUAAAAAAGUCAUAAAACACAAGAAACUAAUAUCAAAGAACGCACUAUCCGAAAUAGAAAGGCGUCUCUCUACGAUGGACGAAGUAGAGGAAGACGAUCACUCAGUGAAGAGUGACCUUCUAAGGCGCAAGGAUUCUUGGAGUAGCGGACUUAAAAAGAAUACCUCUGCUGAAACAUCAGUAUAAACUUUUUCAAAACUUUAAUUUCACUUAGGUUAUUAAUAUGGUUAUUAUAGAACGAUUUAAUUAUUAAGAAGUUAGCCUUCUGGUGUUAUAAUGCAACUCAAAACAGGCAAAUAGUUAAGUGUACCUACUUAUUACUUAUUCUUUAUUGAAAUCUGAUUGAAUGCUGACUAUUAUUGACCAGGAGCUUUCUUGUUUUUUUUGUUUACCUUUAAUUUUAUUAGUAAAUGUGCGCAAAAACAAUGUAUUUUUUUAAUAUUUUGUGGCAUCUACGUCGAUAACAUUGACAUAUGUGAGUAAAACUUAACUGCAAAUAUGAAUUUAUGAUUACGUAAGUUUUUGUU